UCCCUUCAUAAAGACAACCUUAGAGGUUUCUUCAUCUGUGUAGAGAUGGUGGAUUUUGGGGAAAUUCUGAUCACCAUUGGAGACUUUGGUCACUUCCAAAAGCUGCUUCUUCUUGGGUUGGCUUCUCCUCAUUUUUUGCUCCCAGUAUUUUUCUGCAGCUUUCUUUUUAUCCAGUCUGACCCAGAAAGAUACUGUAAUACGAAGUGGAUCCUUAAAGUUGAUCCUAACCUUACCGCAGAGGAGCAGCUGAACCUCACUGUGCCCCGGGAGCAGGAUGGGAGCUUCAGCAGGUGUCGAAUGUUCACCCCUGUGGACUGGGACAUUAAUGCCAUCAGAGAGCAUGGACUCAAUAGGACAACAGGAUGCAUGAAUGGAUAUGUGUACAGCAACAUGUUGUAUGAGUCCACCAUAGUUACUGAUUUUGAUCUUGUCUGUGAGAGGUCUAACAUGCCUGAAAUCACGCAAACUAUCGCCAUGACGGGACUGCUCGCUGGUUCAAUCAUCUUUGGACCACUCGCUGACAUGUAUGGCCGCAAGAAAACCACCCAGCUCCCGGUGGUCCUCUUGGUGAUAUUUGUCAUAGUUGCUGGUGUUUCCCCAAAUAUUCAUGUUUACAAUGUGUCCCAGUUCAUUGUUGGAGCUGCACUCGGAGCAUACAGGAUGAACUCUAUCGUGCUAGCUACAGAAUGGAUCGGGAUCAACAAACGGUCCCUGGCCUCCUGUUUGAGCCAGGUGUUUGGGAGCUUUGGUCAAUGCGCCGUGGCCGGACUGGUGUACGUUAUCCGUAACUGGAGGAAAGCACAGUACGUCAUGGCAGGAGCUGAGGCUUUGGUCUUCCUCUACAUAUGGUGGAUUCCUGAAUCGGCUCGAUGGCUCCUGGGACAGGGAAGACGCGAUGAAGCAAAGAAACUGAUCCGAAAAGUUGCAGCAAUCAAUAAAAAGGAAUUGCCAGAACACAUGCUUGACAAGGUAAACGAGGAGAAAAAAGUAGAGAGUGGAGGAAUCAAAGCCAUUUUUAAAUCAGCAGUGCUGGUAAAACACUUCUUAAUUUUAUCCUUUGCCUGGUUUUCAUUAAACCUGGGCUACAUGUGCCUUAUUCUGAAUGUGGGAAAGUUUGGUCUGAACAUCUUCCUGGUCCAGUUUCUGUUUGGGAUCACAGAGGUUCCUGCACAUCUUCUCUGCUUCUGGUUUUUGGAGUUUUUAGGAAGAAAAAAAUCCCUACAGUCUACACUUCUCAUAGGGGGGGUUGUUUGCCUUUUAACUCUGGCUUUUACUCCAGACAGCGCUGUCGCCAUCACUGCCCUGGUUACCACCGGGAAAUUCUUUUUGAACUGGGCUGGAUCGGUAUGUUUGGUUUACAUUCAAGAACUGUUUCCUACUUCUAUGAGGCAAACUGCUGUAUCCUUAGGCUCCAUAGCCUUUAGAGUUGCAGGGCUGCUGUCUCCAUUGCUCAACAUGCUGGCUGUCUACCACCGCUCCAUACCCAUUAUAGUAUUUAGCAGCCUAGCCGUGCUCAGUGGGGUUCUGGUCUUCCUGCUUCCUGAGACCAGCAAAAAGGAUCUUCCAGAUUCAACCAGUGAUGACAAGAAUGAAGGGGAUUUGACCAAUGAGAAGCCUGGAAGUGACAUUUUCGUGGCUGAAAUCCAACCCACAAAAUCCACGAAACUGUAACUGAAAGAG